AUGGCAAUAGUUGAGAUCAAAUCGAUCAACCCUGAGAGCUGCAGUGAUAGUAGCUGUGUAAUUGAAGUGGGUAAUGAUCUCACAAUGAAUGAAGAGGAUGUACCCGAUGUAAGCUCUGCUCGGAUCUUCCGACUGCCAAGGCUAGCGCCGUACUCCAAAGAUCAUUUGUACAGUCCACAUCUUGUUUCCAUUGGCCCUUUUCAUUAUGGGAAGAAGGAGCUGCAAGGCAUGGAGAAGUCCAAGUCUGAGGCAGUAAGAAAGAUGCAAAAGAGGAUCCAGAGGAGUAAUCCACACAUUUCUGUGAAAUCAAUUGUUGAACAGUGCAUACUGUUUAAGGAGAAGAAGAUAAGGAGGUUCUAUGGUGAACAAAUUCCCCUUACUUCUAUAGAACUAGCAUGGAUGAUCACUAGGGAUGCAUGUUUUGUUUAUGAAGUUAUUGUUAAUUAUAUAAAAGUUAACAGGAAUGCUCAGCAUUCAUAUGAGACCCAAGGAUGGCAAUUUGAGUAUGUUCAAUGUUUUUAUAGAGAAGAAGUGAAUGCAUUUAAGUGGAAGUAUGAUCCUGUGUUUGAUGCCGAUCUUCAAAAUCCUAUUAGAGAAAGACUAAUGACUGAUAUACUUCUGUUUGAAAACCAAAUACCUCUCUGGAUUUUGAAAGAUCUCCUUAAAUUCCCGAUGGGUUCUGCUGAAGCUGCAAAACAAAAAGUAGAAAACUUAAUGAAUAUGCUGCUUUGUAGUGCGGCUAGACAUUAUGUGGAAACCUAG